AUGGGCGCCUACCUUUCCGAACCACUGACGGUGAAGGAUUCGAGUGAUGAAUCCAACGAAUUCAUGGCUGUGGGGUCCAGUUCCAUGCAGGGCUGGCGCAUCAGCCAGGAGGAUGCGCAUAACUGCAUCCUGAGUUUCGAUUACAAAAGCUCGUUCUUCGCCGUGUACGAUGGGCAUGGUGGUGCCGAGGUGGCCCGAUACUGCAGCCUGCAUCUGCCCGCCUUUCUCAAAACAGUCGAAGCGUACACACAACAAAACUUUGAAAAAGCAUUGAAGGAUGCGUUCCUCGGGCUGGACGCGACGCUGCUAAAGGAGAAGGUUAUCGAGGAGCUAAAGUUGCUUUCCAACAAAACGAACGAUGAGGACGAAGCGGACGAAGAGGAGGAAGAGGAGGAGGAUGAUAAUGUGGAGGACCUGUGCAAGGAAGCGGUAAUGCCGCUGAACGAGGUGUUACAGAAAUAUCGGAAAGAUGGCAAAUCGGUCGAUGGGACGAUUCAGCGCGUGCAGGCCAUUAAAGAGGGCAAUUGCUCCAAACCGAUAUCACCGUAUUUGAAAGGUAAACGGCGAGCUGCCGCCGCUGAUGCGUCCGGGCCAGGAACUAGCACGAAAAAACCCGAUACGGCUGAAGGUGGUGAUACUGAUUCCGAUGCGGAAGCGGAUCCAGCUGCUGAGGUUGACGAGGACAGAAAACCGGUUGUAGCGAAGGAUGAAGCUGGAGUACCGGAUGCGGCUGAUUCGACAGUCAGCAGCAGUUCAAGCAACAAAACGGUGGAACGUGUGAAGGAAGCCACACCACAGCCGGAACCAUCGUCAUCUUCUUCGUCCACCGUAAAAGCUUCACCCGGCAAGAGUGAGUCGGAUGCACCGGCAAGCAGUGCAAAGAAGACAGCAGAUCAAAGCGAUGAGAUCAGCGAUACUGCCGGUAAUGUCGCAGUCAAGGCGGAAGACGCGGGUGAUGAUGCGGCAGCAGCACCGGGCGGUGCGCGAGCUACCGGCAAGGACAAUUGUGCGCCGGACAGCUCUUCGUCGGACAGUAACAAACAGCAGGGAAGCAAGCUGAACGGUGACGUUGGUAAGGUGGGCUCGUCCGGUGCCGUAUCCUCGUCGUCGUCAUCUAGUUCGGUGGGUCAGGAGAAUGGUGUUGCUGGGUCGGGCAGCUGCGAUAGUGGUGGUAGUGUUGGAGGAUCCAAAAGUGUGUCCCCUGCCACGGCCAAGGUACAUAGCAGCUCAACUACCUCGCCAAGGCCAGUCCCGAAAAAUGGUCCAUCAGCGGCAGAUGUUUCGAUGUCUAUGGAUGAUACGGACGAUGACGAUGAUAGUGACUCGGAUGAAGAAUUCCCUCACGCUGAGGAACCGACCGAUGAUACUUCCACCACAGACGAGGGUGAAGAGGAUGCGUAUGGUGAGGAAGGUAGUGCUGAAGAGGAGGAGGAAGAGCCUGACGAGUAUGCUGAUUUGGGCGAUUAUAUAAACGAGGAGGACGCCGAGUUUAUGAAAGCCAUUACCGACGAACCAGGAAAGGAUAGUGGAUGUACGGCGGUGGUUGCAUUGCUGCACGGUAAAGAACUCUACGUAGCUAAUGCUGGUGAUUCUCGGUGUGUCGUAUGCCGAAAUGGAAAGGCGAAAGAUAUGAGCUUCGAUCACAAACCGGAAGAUACGAUCGAAUAUGAACGGAUUGAGAAAGCUGGCGGACGUGUAACGCUGGACGGUCGUGUCAAUGGAGGAUUGAAUCUUUCACGAGCUAUCGGAGACCAUGGUUACAAAAUGAACAAAUCGCUCCCACCUGAGGCACAGAUGAUAUCGGCCCUUCCAGACGUUGAGAAGAUCACGAUUGGCCCGGAAGACGAUUUUAUGGUGCUGGCUUGUGACGGUAUCUGGAACUUUAUGACCAGUGAGCAGGUUGUCCAGUUCGUACAGGAACGAAUCCACAAACCGGGCAUGAAGUUGUCAAAAAUUUGCGAAGAGUUAUUCGACGUUUGUCUAGCACCACACACGCGAGGCGACGGUACCGGCUGCGACAACAUGACGGCCAUAAUCGUUCAAUUUAAGCCGAACUUUACCGGUGCAGCUUCACGGAAGCGUACCGCAUCGAACUCGGCAGCCGGCACUGUCGAUGAUAGCGACGUGGACGCAGUAUCGUCCGCAACGAAAAAAGCUAAAACUGAUGCGGCGAGUGCUGAUGACGCUUCUUCCACCACGGAACCGACCGACAGCAGUAAUGGGAUAGUGUCCGCUGGUAAGGAAGCAGAUGCGACCACCGAAGAAACCGAGGCGGCCGCAGCAGUCGCUUCGAUUGCGGACGAGGCUGCUGCCAGCUCGGAAGCUGCUUCAUCCUCGACGUGA